AUGAUUGCUUUAAGUGAUCUCAUCACUAACACAGCUGUUUUUCUUCCCUCUUUAAAGCAAGCUACCAAUCUGAACCUUCCUCCUGAAGAUCUUGAUUCUUCUGGUGAUGACGAUGAUGCUUUCUCAGGCUCUGGUGCAGGUCCCCUGACAGAUCAGUCUCCCACUUGGACUAUUCCAGCAGAACCAACUAAUUCCUCAUUACUGGCAAUACCAAUGGAUUUCAAUGAGCAGCUGUUUCCUGGGAUUGAGAGCCGAACUGAAAAGGAAGUAAUAUCUCCAUCUGCCACUAGUAGUGUGGUGACAGAGGAGCCAGUUGUAGCUGUGAAAGACGAAGUACCCAACUUGGACUCACCUCCUGAGAAACCAAUAAAUGACACUGUUACGACAACAAUGAGAAGUCUCACCACUCACUUCCCUUCGGUGGUUCAUGUAACUCCUUCAGAAGUCUCAAGCACAGUCCAUGGCCUGGAGCCAAAUACCCCUGGCUCUGAUGUGCUGGACACCAAAGACAUGCUUGAGCCCCACUUCCCCGUCCAUCACGAGGCAGACUUUACUGAUGCCCUCACAACAGUGGCUCCUGAGGACGUACAUGAGGAGGUGUCUGAAGAUGGCUCUGGAGAUCCGGGAGAUUUCAUCUUGAUUAAAGAUGAAGAUUUGGUCACCACCCAGAACUCUGAAGUGCUGCCUGACUCCGGGAGGGAUACCAAAGCAGCAGGAGCCUCAGGAAUAAUGGACAGAAAAGAAGUUCUUGGAGGUGUUAUUGCUGGAGGAUUAGUAGGCCUGGUGUUCGCAGUGUUUCUAGUUGUAUUUAUGCUGUACAGAAUGAAGAAGAAAGACGAAGGAAGCUAUUCACUGGAUGAACCAAAACAGUCUAAUGGAGGAUACCAAAAACCACACAAACAAGAAGAAUUCUAUGCAUAAACAUUGAUCUUCAGGACACUUUUAAUUCCAUCUUUCUUGGACUCUUCUCUCCCUGCACGUGGACCUCCUUGUGCGCUUUGCAUUAAACUUAAGCCAUAUGAUCGUUGGGUAUUGCCCUUACCACCUUGCCAUUGGAAAUUCUUUUAACUACAAAGUAGAUCCGGAUACACUGAACAUUCCCUGCUUUCUUGCACAACUUUUUGUUUGAUUUUGUUUGUUUUUAAACAGAAGUGGGACUGCAAACUCCUCAACUUGCGUUGGUUUCUCUAAAGGCUGGUGGGGCAGGCGGUGGGAAGAAGAUAAGGCAGCACUGUAUGUACAAAACCCUUGAUAUUUAGGGAAAGGGCUGGCAAGAAUAAAUCAUUAACAGUGCUCAAACUCCAUAUACCAGGGAUCCUUCCUAUUUAACUCAUAGAUAUGUUUAAAGUGUAACAAAUCUCUGCUCUAGGCAGAAGUUUGGUAAACUGCAGUUCUCUAGCUCUUUCUAUCUGCCAUAUAUGGAGCACUUAAUGGUUACGAACAUCAAGCCAAAAAUAAUUUCCAGUGAAGGGAAGUGUGAGGGGCAGGGUAAGCAAAUGACUGUCGCGUGGUUUAAAAUAACUUAUAUUUUGAAAAGAUCACAUCAUGUUAUCCCAUAUUCAGAACUAAUUCCUAAACAG